AUGCAGGCAUGCUGCAUACACGCUCACAGCAAGACCUUCGUUCACCAGGUGGCCACGAAGGUUUUCCUAGCUCCUGACACACCGAUCUCACAGUGCUUGCCUUACAGCAUCAAGCAUCAGCACCUCUUCUCCGGCAACGUUCCUCAGCCGGCAGAUUGGCUGCGAGCGUGGCGGGCGUGUCUCAAGAACAUGAUUCUUGUUAUGCACUGGGCUGUCAAGAGUGUGCGCAAGCAGCGUCUCGAACAAGCCACCAGCAUCAGCUUGUCCGUGGACGACCGCAAGGAGUAUCGUUUGGUGAGGUACCGUUGCGAUGUUCCACCGCGCACUGCCAAGCAGUCAGCGGCUCCAGGCUCCCAAGGUCCCCAAGGUUCCCAAGGCUCCCAAGGCUCCCAAGGCUCGGAGGAUGGCCCGCUUGUCGCCGAUGGCUUGCUUGGGGUCUACAAGACAGGUGCCAGUGUUCCUGAAAACACAUUGGAGGAGCACGAUGCGGACAAGAGUCAGGUGAUGGCAGACAGCAUAGGCAUAGUCAUUGCCAGGGCCUGUCAGGAUCCGGAAGGCAAAACUGAAGAGGAGUCCUGCAGCCGCUUGAAGCUGCACCUGCGGCACUUUGCAGCCUAUCAGUGCACAUCUGCCCGGAAGUGUGGAAGGUUGUUGGUCACCGGCGGCCAGUAUCCUAACCUGGUCUGGGUAAGCCAUGAUCCUGCGCACCAGGUUCGUAUUGCCUACCAGGACCCUCUUCACGCCAUGCCCGAGUUCCAAGACCAGUGGGAGCGUUUGUUUGCUCCCGGCAAGGGCAAGCAUGCGCUUAUCCCGGACAUCCAGAACUCAGAAGUCUGGAAGGCCAGGCUCAUGGCGGCCCAGCAAGAGGUUCUCAGGCUCCAUGGCUCCCAGGCUGGUGUGGAGAAGGUGAUCCGAGCAUUGUCGUUCUCCCAACCUCGGUUUGACUCGUCGGCCACACCAAUGCUGAAGUACUUGUGCAUGAUUCGUGCGAUGGCUGUCUUAUGUGCUAUGCAGGCUGCUGGCGAGUCUUGUCCUUAUUAG